UCUAACUUCCCUCAACCACCAAGCAUUAUGUCCGACCAAGAAGCCCUAACGCCCCGCGUAUUCCUUGUGCGUCACGGAGAAACGGAAUGGGCAAAAUCAGGCCGCUUUACAGGCACAACCGAGAUCGAUCUUACUCCCACUGGCGUCAGACAGGUUUCCUCAAUGGCAGCGAGGACUGUCGGCGCCGGCAAAUUGCUCGAACCGUCCCGCCUUACUCACGUAUUUGUCAGCCCGAGAAAGAGAGCUACAAGGACAUUCGAACUGCUCAUCUCCGAUACUAUUAAAGACCAGGACGUCACCUUUACGGACGAUAUUGCGGAGUGGAACUAUGGCGACUAUGAGGGCCUUAAAAGCAAUGAGAUUAGACAAUUAAGAAAAGAGAGGGGCCUGGAUACAGAAAGGGAGUGGUAUAUCUGGGCGGAUGGGUGUGAAGGUGGAGAAUCUAUGCAGCAAGUCACACAACGCCUCGACAGGCUUAUCUCGCGGAUUAGAGAUAUACAAAAGCCUUCGAUGAAGGGGCAGAAACCAGCUGAUGUGCUCGUGAUUGCACAUGGGCUCAUCCUCCGUUGCUUUGUAAAGCGAUGGCUUGGACUCGAGAUUGACUCCAACCUGCAAAUGAUACUGUCCCCUGGAGGAAUCGCAGUUCUGAGCUACAAAAACAAUGACAUUAACAAGCCGGCCUUUCACAUCGGCAUAGCACUUCCGUAGACACACAGUAUCUCUGGCAGGUUUCUGGGACGAAAGGAAUUACUGCUAUUUGCCGUGUUUCUCUAGCUAACAAGAUUUCCAAUCUCAAGUCACUGUCACUCCUGGUCUCAUUGGGACACUGCAAGUCCCGUACCAACUGGCGAGCAACUCCAAGAACGCAUGCGAUGUGUCGUAAUCCACUGGAGGCGCUAGUUCACUCGGGUCUAAAGACUGGGUCUUCAGGAUCGAUAUUGUCUCAUCAUCUGCGUAGCAGGCUAUUGUGUGUAAUAACUGGGUGCCGUUGAGAAAUCCAGUAUACCUGCUUAGGAAAAGUCUCAGAAUUGAGUGGGCAUUGCAUCUGA